AUGACUGGACGAAAGCUGCUGCUAGCUGUGGCCACCAGCCACCUGACAGCCAUUGCUUUUGCAUCUCCAAUGCCAGAGGCGGAACCAGACCCAGUACCGCAGAUAUCUCUACCGCCGAUAAUACCUUCAGUACCUGGAUUCGACGACCCACUCAGCACCUUAGUGCCGCCGACUCCGGUACUUCAAGCUCCAACCCCGCCUAAGGACAGUCCUCCUUUCCAAGGAAGUGAUAUCAAGCCGAAGAAGAUUGGCUACUUCUGGACUGGAGCCGGCGAUAACGACCAUGCAGACUUUCUCGCGACUUACAGCCUCGAUGACGUGAGCACGGAGGAUACAAUGAAUGAACAGCGAAUACUAAAUUAUCUUCAGGACACAUUUGGAGAGUUCAUCUGGUUGACCGAUGUGCCCACCAGCGGCAACAGCCCACACCAUCUUGGCACUACCCUUGACGGAAAGACUCUCGUUGGAGGCGGCCUUCUUUCCCUCCUCAAAACUCAGGACACGGCUUAUUACUUUGACGUGUCCGACCCAUAUCGACCCUCUUUCAAGAAGAGCAAUCGCGCUCUGACAGCUGCGAUCACUGACGAGAUUCGCGCCAAACCCGAUGGCGGUUUCUUAAUCACGUACAUGGGAUCGGCGGGUGGUACUUCUCCCGGACGCCUCGUCGAGACCGACAACAACUUCGACAUUAUUGGACAGCAUCCACAAGAUGUUGCGUCUCAAGUCAACAUUUUUGCCGACAACUUCAACCCGCACGGCCUCAGUAUUGACUUCGACAAAGACAUCAUCCUCACCUCCGACUACAUUGUGCCUCUAUCAAUAUUGAAACCUAGCUUGGGGAUCAUUAGAGACAAUACCUUACGUCUUUGGAAACUGAGCAGCCGGAGUAUUAUCAGGGGCGGUAUUCAAGACGUCAAGUUCAUUCCCGGUAACCCCGACUCAGCUGCCCUGGCAACUGCCGUGCAUCUCGGUCAAGUCUGGAUCAUCUACCCAUUCAAGACCGACGCCAAUGGCAAGCAAGGCACUGCUCAGCUGCUCUCGGAUAUUACCAAAGACGGUAAGUUUAUCUACCUUACCAUCACAACCGGAAAUCACGUCGCCGCCCUUGACAUCUCCGAUCUCUCCAACGUCAAGCGCCUAGAUGACCCCGAUGAACAACAGCCACUUAUUGGCCCGCACUACAUAAAGGUCACCCCGGACGCGAAGCAUAUUGUCGUCACCGAUUAUUUCGUCCAAACUGGCGACAUCGGUCUCAUCAAUACGCCGGCAGACUUCAAGGCGCAGUACAUUGACAUCAAUGACGAUGGGUCGUUGCACUUCAAUCGAAGCAUUGACUUCACAACACCUUAUACAAACAGAGGUGGGGGUAAGCCGCAUUCUGCCGUUGUGUUCGACUUGACAGACCCUGCCAAUCCAUACUACUACUGA